CCUCCAGCAAGACGCCAAAUCCCAUCAGCAAUUGAGCAGUUUGUCAAUUGGGAAAUCCUCAAACCACUCACACAAGGGACAGCUGAAUCGCCCAAAAUGUCCGUGACGCCGAGGUCCUCUCCACCCUCCCAAGUCCCUCACACCCCAGACCGUACCAUGAUGGAUCAGUCUCUGAUGGUCGAGCCACCCAGUCAGCUAGAUAGCCAAAUAGAAGAGGAGAUCGCAUGUACCACCGAAGACAUUACUGUCCGACUGAAUCCCCAGGUGGCGUUGGAGCCGAAAGGCGUCGAGAUCACUAAUGGAGCUGGCCACCAAGGCCACCAACAACGCCAGCGCCGGGCCCGGACUCCCGAGACACAGAAGCGCCGCAGUGACAGGUCUGAAAUGGCCAGCCCAGGCCAUCUCGCGCCCUUUGAUUGGGACGACUUCAAUGAUCGCUAUGAAAAGGCCCUUCAAGAAGCCGACGACAAGGAGAAACAGAUGCUGGAGGAGUUUGGACAACUGGUUAAGUACUUCAAUGUCUGGGCCUCCGCAUCAACGAACCACGACAACGAGAGGGCGACGAAAAGACUACAGACACGUGAGAGAUAUGUCACCCUUUCUGAGCAGUCACUAUCGCAGAAGAAACAACACCUUGCCGAGGUUGUGAAGGCCUUUCAGAGCGCGUUAGCCCUCCUGCGAGCUGAGAGAUGAAGUGAACAUCAUCCGUCAAUCGGGUUGAGUAACCCGGUACUCAACCUAGCGCAUCCAUUUCUCGCGUCGAAUUCAUGACAACGAGAACCUGCAUUUGCGGCAUGUCUUUGAUGUUUUGUUUCUUUUGGCGCAUUACUAUCCGAUGGGCUGGAUGGGGGAUGAGAAUAUGACUUACGAGCGCUUACGAAGUAUGAAUUAUGAAGCUAUGUGUAUCUACAUACGCGUAUAUGAGUAGUAUCACAGAUCUCACGGCAUGCUACUCGAAUGAAUCAAUACAUCUCUCCUCGAGAGACCAUUGCAAUAUAAGAAUUCUAUUUGCAGCUGACCUACUG